AUGUCAGAACACACCCUCCCCACGCAAACGUCGGGAGCUUUUCGGUUUUGGAAUCGAAAGGACAGAGACUCCAAAGAUAUUCCAGACACAAAAAAAGGUGGUCUGUCAAAGGACUUUUUGUGGACUUUUGUGCUCAACAAUGAGAACGAGUUUGAUGAGGCAAAGUGCGUUCAACAACUCAACGAAGUUCGAAAAUUGUGGGCAAUAAUACACAACACAAAAACAGUUGACAAAACAAAGGGACACCAACACACUCCAUCAGUUGCCAAAGAUCUUGAUAAGAUGGUUUUGGAGAGUUACAACUUUAUGAAUGUCGAAAGGAAGUCGUGGGAGGAUUCUAUUGUCAAGAUGCAAACGACUGUCAACGCGCUGAAUGAAGAGAACGACAAUUUAAAGGAGCAAAUCCGCCAACUAAAAAACGAGAAAAAGGAACUCAAAUUUUCGGAAGAGGUCAAAACUCAAAUUGAGAGUAUUGUACAAUUCAACAAAGUCAUUCAAACAAAACUCGACCAGAUUUCUCUCGCACAAGAAAAUAAUUUGGUGGUGUCGAACUCAACGAACCAGAAAGUAAGUCAUUUGGUCCAACUUUUCGGACAUCCACUUGAAAAUAACAGCCAAACACACAGUUUUGCGAAUAUCACAAAUAACAAAAGUGAAGAAGUUCCAUCGAAAGAAAGUAGCGAAGAGAUAGUCAGAGCUGAAGAUGUUCAAAACGUUGCUCUGUACGUGAGAGAUAUGUUGAAUGAGAGACCAAAAACACCCCUUUUGGGAGAGACGCCCGAUAGAAACCAAGGCCACGAGUUCACUAAAUACUUAAUAAGCUCCAACACUGUUUCCGAUUUUUCUCAAACACUUCAGAACACCAAUGAAAAUAAAACAAUCGAAGAACCAACCACAGAAAAAACAGAAAUAGCCCAACCUGACCAAAAAGUGACACCUGAUAAUCACACAAUCGAACAAGUCAAGGAAGUUGAAAAUAUUUCUGAAGUUUCAGAAAACGGUAAUGUCAGCGCCACUGUUUCAAUCCCAAGUGAAGUGAAUGAAGAACAAAAGAAAGAUAUUGCCAAAAAGAAAACUCCGCAAACGGAAGAAGACAUUAGGAGUGUUGAAAGUUCUCAAACUCCAACAACUCCAACUAACACCGAAAUUCCAAGCGAGCAAAGUUCUGUAGAUGAAAAACCUACAACAGCACAAGCUGAGGGAACGCCUCCAGAAUCCCAAUCGAAACUUGAAGACCAAAAUACGGACAUUUCUAGUUUACAAACUAUCAAACCGUCAUAUGCAAUACCUCAAUUGAAUAUGACUCCUUCAAUUCCCGUUGAGAACGUCGAACCGAAAAUUGAAGGGAAGAUUUUGAAAAAAGACAAAACGGGGAAGUUGGAAAAACUUGUUGUUCCUUCGUCCCUUGGAAAAGUGGAACGCCUCCCUCGUUCAUUCUCUUCAAAUGAGAGAAUAUCACCCCGUAGCAAUGUUCCAGCCGAACAAAGUAAAGAACCAGUCAACCGAGCAACACUGACGCCUUAUAGCCAGAGAAAGUCAUCUCAUAUGACAACGCGAUCAGUGUCUGACUUGUCUUUCAUGGACGUGAAGGAGGUCAAGUUGGAGGAUUUAACUGCUCCGCUCCGAAUGGUAAAAAUGCCGCACGGGAGACCAAAUAAUGUUGGUGGAACUGAUUUGUUCGUUCUCCCGCCGCUCAAGAAAAAGCGCAGCGUUCUGGUUUCAUCAGAUCUUCUUGAGAUUGAUGUGGAGAAGAAUUUGAGAGAAAAACAUAGUAAAUCACAUCUACAGACGUCUGAAAAGAUCGAUAAAAAGGAAAAUGAGAGGGUGAGUGAUGAUGAAUUGAGAGCGAGAUUGGACGUGAUUGAGAAACGGGAAGCAGAAGUGGCACAAAAAGAAAAGGAAGUGCUCGUAGUCCAAAUAGAGACAGAAAACAGGGAAGAAGAGAUCCAGGCCUGGGAAGAAGACGUCCAAAGGAGAGAGAAAGAGGUCAAAGAGAGAGAAGGCAAUUUGAGGCAAAAAGAGGCUGAGAUUGAGAAAAGAGAAAAUGACGUGAAGAGUUCGUGGAAUGAAUUGAAGAGAAACGAAGAAAAUGAAAGAAAGAUGAGUGGGUUAGAUAUGCCUCGACCGAGAAGGAGCGAACCACCAAAGACUCAGAGGGACGAAAAAAUAGAUCCAAAAGAAGUUGAAGAACUCAAGAAAGAGAAGAAGGAGUUAGAGAAAACGCUUAAGGACAAACAGCUCAGGAUGUGGACGUUGGAGGAACAGAACAAAAGGGUGACGUUCAUUGUAAAGAUGAUGGACUUGGCAGAUCCCAGUGACGAUGACAUCAAAAACUUUGUUGAGACAAUAAGGGAAAUUGUGAAUCGCAAGAAACAAAAAAUGCGGUUUGUGUUGACACAGAAGA